AUGGCGGGCGGCAUCUCCCUGUUCAGCGCGUACGGCCCCUCGGGCUCCACCAGCGGCUUCUACUUCGAUGAGCUGCUGCUCACCGGGACGGAGCAUCGCCCCGAGCGCGCGUUUGGGCCCGUGCUCGGUGUGCUGUACACCGUGGCGACCACCGGGGACGGUGAGCUUGGCCUGACCGGCGAGGACGCGACGACGCUGAGGCUGACGGCGCAACAUCCAGUGCUGGGCGCCCCGCACAGGCUGGACCUGCAGAUGUCGGUCGACAGCGUCGACGGCGGCAGCCCGCUGAACGGCACGUUUUGGUCGGAAGAUGGCAGUUGGAACACGCGCUUCGUUGUGCCGUAUUCGGGCAAGUCGCGCGAGGACUCUGCCUACCGACUAUUGCUCGACGGCAACGUCGUUUACAGUGGUGUGAUCCGGCGUGAGAAGUCGUCGCAGGAGGCUGCAGUCAUGGGAUCCUUGUCGUGCGCGAAGAACGCAUAUGGCACUAUCGGAUGGGACUCCGAGGGCAUGAUGUUUCCGUUCAGUGGCGUGACGUCCUCCCUCCAGACGCAUGAUCCAGAUGUUUUGUUUUUUGCUGGGGAUCAGGUGUACGACGGGGACAUCACCCCCGCGGACUUGCGUAGCCAGUACCACACUUGGCUCGACUAUCACACGAAGUGGCAGCGAUUCUUGUGGAGCUUUGGCAAUCUGACCAAGGACCGCCCAACAAUCUCCAUCCCGGAUGACCACGACAUGUUUCAGGGAAAUUUGUUCGGCAACGGAGGCCAGACGAACGUGGGGCGCCUGUCGAAAGGCAUGGGCCACUACCGCAUCGGCACCGUGGGCACGUCAAAAAAGGCCAGGGCGAAGAACGAGAAGGGAGAGGGCUACUGCAUGCCCGCCCACUUCGUCAACGCCGUCUCGGCCACACAGGUCUCCCACCUGCCGCCCAGCCGCGUCAGCGCGCGCAUCGGCAACGAGGGGGCGAACACCUUUGUCACGUCCUUCAGGUACAGCGGCCUGGACAUCAUCGUGCUGCAGGACCGCACCUGGAAGGCGGGGCCCGAGACGAAGGAGCUGGACCCGCCGCUGCUCGGGGAGGAGCAGGAGAGGUUCCUGGAGGCAUGGGCCGAGACCCGCGGCAAUGGCAGCUGGGCCAAGGUCGCCCUGUCGGAGUCCCCGUUUGCGUGCGUGUCCACCCAGUGGACCGGCCGCGACGGCUCAGCAGACAAGGACCACUGGGACAUCGUGGAGUUCGGGGAGUACCCCGGCCACGACCAG